AUGCAGUGUGCUCGCGUCUUUAUCUUCAUGGCUCAGAUCACUCCCAUUCGUGGGUUUUCCAAUACCCCCGUUUCCCGGUCGGUCUGUGUUUUAACAACGGUCAUCUCUAUUGCUGUGGCUGUUCUCCAGUACAAACACUAUUUUAUAUUGGCCAUCGAUCCGUUUAUUGUGGAAUAUGGUCAAUACUGGCGAGUGGCUACGUACCAGUUUUCUGUUAUAAAUGAAAGCGAUUUUUUGUUAACGGUGUUAUUGUGGUUUCAAUUCAAAACAUUGGAGCGGUUUUUUGGCUCGCGAAAGUAUCUUUCUGUGAUCAGUUUGUUUUUGUUGUACAAUGGAGUUCUUUGCUUUGUGGUCAUGAGUUUGGGGCAGUUAUUGGUGAAUUUUAUGAUGUAUUUCGUAUCCAAGUUGAACUUGCCCUUGAUAUCGCUGGCUUUGUCUGCAAAAUAUCAAGUGACUUUUCUCAAUCGUGCCAUUCCUGGUCCUUUGGGGGUGAUAUCUUCGUUGUACAUUUGCUACGGCAAGUAUAUUCCUGUGAGGUACUACUUUAAAAUCCAGCUUUCCGCUGAAAAUAGGGAAGUUGAGAGUGAAAAUAGUGACCACCAAGAAAAUGGAGUUACAUUGCUGGCAGCGGAAGCAGCAGCUGCGGCAGCGGCUUCUCGUCAUGACAAUGGUGCUUCUUCUGCUCUUUCUAAUCCUUCCCCGGUUUCGUCCGUCUCCCCAGAACCCACCCCUUCUGCUCCUGGCCUUUUUUCGGAGCUCAAUCUCACCAACCACUUUCAAAUCCAUGCUAUCUACACCCUUCUUCUCAUCAACAACGGCAUACAUUCCAUAAUUCCUUGUGUGGUGGGAAUUAUCGUGGGAAAGCUUUUCAUAUCAGACCUACUUGUUGGGUCGAACCGAUGGUCCAUUCCACUUCCCAUUUACUACCUUAUAUCAUCUCCUUCAAAAGCUUGGUCCAGAUACACAGGACUCCUUCAACUGCGCUUGGGCGGGUACCAUCCAGUUAGAACGGAGGAGGAACCCGAAGAGGUCAAUGACGACGUACGAAGCACCGAGGGUGCGGGAAUUAGAGCGGAGACACCUGUGCGUCCUUUGGGUAGUCAGUUCUUGGAUACAUUCAGAACGUGA